AUGGCCGCUCCUCCUGAAAAGACGACCAAGAACCUCACCGGCAAGUGGAACGUGGUGCGUCUCUCUUUUUCUUUUUGCCCUGCUUCCCUCGUUCUCCCCAAAAUGUUUUGUCCACUUGAGUUCUGUUUACUGACCGAACCCAUUUUCCUUUUUGUUUCCCCCGCUACGCAGAACUACACCUACUCUGACUCGAGCGAGCCGGGCCUCAUCAUCCAAGGCAUCAGCUACCUUGUGCGCAAGGGUAUCCUGGCGGCGACGCUGAGCCUCGAGACGAACCAGUACGAGGCCGCGCCGAGCCCCCCCAACGAGGACGAGCCGCCGUGCUGGCACAUUGACAUUGUACAGUCGGCGUCGGGCAUGGGCACCGAGGAGCGGCGCUGCCUGGAUAACACGUUUCGGCAUCACUCGGACUGGCUGUUUGGCAACGUGCGCGGGCGGUCGAGGUGGGUGAGCGUCGAGGACAUUGAGGAUGCGUAUUUAAAGGGGGGGUGGCUGGUGGAGGGUGAGAGCGGCAGCAAGGAGUUGAUUGAGAGCCAUGCAGAGUCGGAGGAUUACGGGUGGACGGCGGAUCAGAUCUGGGGGUUCCAGGAGGUGGAUGGGGAGAGGCGUCAUUGUCGCAAUAUUGUCAUUACAAAGGGGGAUCAGCGCGCCGAGUUUAGAUUUGUGUAUGACUAUGAGGAGUAG